UAAGAAGAAGACAAGAUGGCAAUAGAAAUAUCAGUGGUCACUGUGGGAGCUGUCAUUCUAGUUGUGCUGCUUUUGCUGGUACUGAGUUGCAUUUCUGAUCACAGAGACACACAUGGACAGGGAGGUCACAAGCAAAGUAAGUCUGCAGGAAUUCAAUCUGCACUCCUGCACUGUCUCUCUCGGUUUCUUCCCCGCUCAACUUCUCCUUCCCUCCCGGGUCCUCCCAGCUUCUUCCUCAUAGGCAACAUGAUGGAGCUGACACAUGAUCAUCUGCCAAUUCACCUGACCAAUCUGGCACAACGCUAUGGAGCCAUUUACAGGCUUAAAUGUGGAAACACAACUAUGGUUAUACUGAAUAGCAGUGAAGUCAUAAGAGAAGCACUGGUAAAGAAAUGGUCUGACUUUGCUGGAAGACCACUUUCAUACACAGCUGAUAUUGUGUCAGGAGGGGGGUGCUCCAUCUCUCUGGGAGACUAUAACAAGGAGUGGAGAGCACAACGACGUGCGGUCCACAGCGCUUUGCAGCGUUGCUGCCGACAGUCCUUGCACAACUUGAUUGAGAGACAGGCGCUGCAUCUGCGAAAGGUUCUGAUUGGCUAUCAGGGCAGUGCUGUAGACCUUGCAGAGGAUUUCACAGUGGCAACCAGUAAUGUCAUCACCACUUUGGCCUUGGGAAAAGAAUACAACAAGAGUUCUUCAGAGCUGCAGCAGUUGCACAGCUGUUUGAAUGAGAUUGUUGCUCUGUGGGGCUCAUCUUGGUUUAAGUGUAGUGCACAAGAUAAACUAACAAUAAAUUAAUAAACAUCUUUUGAAUGUGAUUUCACAAUUCUAUCAUCUGUUCUCUCAAAGAAAUUGCCCAAUCCUGUGUUUUCCCGUCUCUUGAAAGAGGUGGCCAAGAGAGAUGAGAUGAUCAAAAACCAUCUCAGUCGUUACAAGUCACAAGCCAAAGAAAACAAGGACACCAUCACAGGAUCCCUUUUACAGGGCCUUGACAAACAGCACAACACAGAGCAUGGGGUGCUCCUUACAGAGACUCAUGUUCACAUGGCCACUGUGGACCUGCUCAUCGGAGCAACCGAGACCACCGCAGCCUGGCUGAGCUGGACUGUGGCCUUCCUUUUGCACAGACCAGAGGUGCAGACCAGAGUGUAUGAGGAACUGUGCACCGUACUAGAGGGACGAUACCCCAAGUACAGUGACAAACACAGGCUUCCUUUCCUGUGCUCUUUGAUUAGCGAGAUGCUCAGACUCAGACCAGUCGCCCCACUAGCAGUGCCACACAGAGCCAUCAGAAACAGCAGUGUUGCAGGUUACUUCAUUCCGAAGGAUACUGUUAUCAUUCCUAAUCUCUUUGGAGCUCACCAUGACCCUGCAGUUUGGAGUGACCCAUACAGUUUCAGACCAGAGCGCUUUCUGGAAGGAGGAGGAGGUUCGACCCAUGCCCUGAUCCCUUUCGGAGGGGGGGCUCGGCUCUGUCUGGGAGAGUCUGUAGCUAAAAUGGAGCUAUUUUUGUUUACUGCAUACUUGCUGAGAGAUUUCCAGUUCAUUCCUCCUGAGAGUGAGGCCUCUCUGCCUGACCUGAGAGGAGUUGCUAGUGUCGUGCUCAAGGUCAAGCCCUACACAGUUAUAGCGAGUCCAAGACCAAUGACUAAUCCCUGAACUACACAGGAUUCACUGCUUACACAAUCUGCAUGCACAUGAAUGAUUUUUAAAAACUUUUACAUGUAAACAUAAUUACAGAACCUUCAAGUGUAUGUUUAUCAUCAAGACUUCUUUCUUUUUCUUUGUAUUAGAAGAGUCUGUUAACAGGUCAUAACACUGACUUUAUACCAGCUGCUUAUUUGGUCAUUGCCAAAUAACGUCUAAACCCAGGUAUUUAUCAAAAAUCUGUGGUGAGGCAAAGCAAACUCUAUUGUUAGCACAGAAGCCCAGGACAAAAACCCUGAAACUUGGGGGCUGUCAGAAGGGAAGCAUAAAAAAGAAAAGGAACACUGUUCAUGAGGAAUCAAAACCUGAUCUUUGUACUGCAAACUGGAACUGGUCAACUAUUAGUAAUACUGCAGCAAUAACAAUAUCUGUCAUAGAGGCUGUCAGAAAUAAGUGCUUGCACUUGUUGGUGAAAAUGAAAUGACUUCCCUUCUGUAUAAAAUGUUCAGUAGACCUGCAGCUUAUCACUGCUGAUCACUGGGUUAGAGGUGCAGCUUGUACAAGUGUUUGCAUUUUAAUCAUUAUUAGUAAUGUCAUGAUAGAUAGCAGCAAUAAAAGGGGUUCACUAGGAGCUAUAUUACAUGCACAUGUGACAACCUGGUGAAAAUAUGUAAUAAAAAUACACAGUACACAGAACACCCGAUGCAUUAAUCUGUAUAGUGGCCACAGUUUGUACAGAAUUGUAAGGUUAAUAAAUGAGCACUGGUUCAUCUCGAGGGGCUGGUCUUAAAAUCAGAAUGAGUCGCCACAAUACCAUUUCCUGAAAAUUUGUUUUUUGGAGACUUAAGCUAUCAGAGUAUUUUGCAAUAAGAAAAAUAAUCUGCAAGAAGAUGUCCUCUGAGAGAUGAUUUUGUUGUUUUGUUUUGCUAUUCACUGCUUGGACUUCGUCUUCUUUCUCUUACAUGGGCGAAAACUGGACUCCAGUCACAAUUAUAAAAAACAAAACAAAAAAACAAACAGUUCUCUUUUUAAGCUGGUAUAUAUUUAUUUCGGGAUAAGGCUUAAUAAAUUAAUGCACUAUGAUCUCACUUGCAAAAUGUUCAGGUACUGUAUGUAGAAGAUUCAGUAUAAAAAUCUGAAUGCUUACAAUAAAAACAGUAGAAACAUCCUCAGUGGUGACUGUAAACAUAAACACUCUGUGUGCCAAAACAGGGCUGGAAUUGUGCAUCACUGCCAUUCAAACAU